AUGGAACACCCUUCUUUGAAAUCGUUGUCCGAUUCUUCCACCACUUCUUCCACCUGUUUCAUCAGUCCCGGGUCUGUAUCGUCGGUGAAACUAUCAAGAGGAGGCGACUGGUCCGAGGACGACGUCCUGGCCUUGCCCGUAUCGAUCUUCAUCGAACUGAAGUCGUCGUCUGAAAACUCGUCCAGAUCAAUCAGAAUCGAUUCCUUCGGUUGCUCGAUCGGCUUAUUGGGUUUUUGCGGCUCCUCGGGCUCCUCGCUCGCCAGCAGAAUCGACUGCCCAAUCGUGGACCCCAUUGCGCUCGAGCUACGACGCGCGUUCUCCGAGGAACCGAAAAGGUCUCGUAGCUUGAUCUCCUCGUCGUCGGACUCGCCCAGAUCAGAUAAGUCCUCCAGAAGUUUCCGUUUCUUGGCCUCUGGUUCUGGAUCCGACGCCGUGGUCUUGCGAACAAGCUUACUAGCGGAUCUGAAGCCGGUCUCCACACCUUCAGGCAUGAAGAAUGUCUUGAUCGAGGGCUGUUUCUCGUCUGGCGUGUCGGUGGACUUCUUGCUGGUUUUCGCCUUGGAUUUAGCCUUGUUUCCACGAGUACUCAACUGCGUAGCCAGACGCAAAAACUUGUCGCUAUCGUCUGUUUCCUGGAUAAUCUCCUCGUUCUCCUUUGGAAUCUCAAUUAGCUUGCGUUCCGGCUUUGGAUCACAGCCCUUGGGAAUGAUACGGUCAGAUUUGUGGAACCGGAUGUUAUUCCCCGUUUGCAAAUGGUUCUGGAUCCAGCUGUAG